ACAAUCACUUUCUCCGCUCUUUAGGGUUUAAGACGUUAAACCCAGAAUCCAACAUUCAUCGUUGGAAUUCGAUUUCGAAAAUCUCAGUGAAAGAUCGAAAAAUGGCGAAUUCAAUGACUACCCUUUCGAGAAGACUCUACAGAUCUCUUCUCUCGAACCCUAGAUUUUCUCAAGCUUCCAUGUCCUUCUGCACCAACAACAUCUCUUCCCGAGAAGACUCCGAUUUCGACGAGUUAUCAGCUAACUCAGACACUGAAUCUCACAUUGAACCCAAGGCUUCAGACCCAGUUUCUCGCUUCUCCGGAGAAGAACGCGUUAUGGAAGAGCGUCCACUCGAAAAUGGCCUUGACUCUGGCGUUUUCAAGGCAAUAUUGGUGGGGCAAGUGGGUCAGCUUCCUUUGCAGAAGAGGCUGAAGAGUGGAAGAACAGUUACUCUCUUCUCUGUUGGAACUGGUGGGAUCAGGAACAAUAGGAGACCGUUGAUUAACGAAGAUCCGAGGGAGUAUGCAAGCAGGUCUGCAGUGCAGUGGCACCGUGUGUCUGUUUACCCUGAACGAUUAGCUGAUCUUGUGUUGAAGACUGUUGAACCAGGUACAGUUGUCUAUUUGGAGGGUAAUCUAGAGACGAAGAUAUUCACUGAUCCUGUCACUGGUUUGGUUCGACGUAUAAGAGAAGUUGCUAUUCGUAGAAACGGCCGAGUUGUGUUUUUAGGAAAAGCUGGUGAUAUGCAGCAACCAAGUUCUGCUGAGCUCAGAGGCGUUGGCUACUACUGAUUUCUAACAAAUAAAUUGUCAUAAAGGUACACUAUCUGCUAUUGUAGCUUCACUUCUGUUGUCUCUUCUUGUAACUUGAAGGUUUGGUUUAGUGUGUCUUUGUCUUCUAUUGCCAUUGGCUUUUUU